CCCCGACAGCCUGCACGUUCAGAAAGACGUGCAAAAUGCGGUACAAAAAAUUAGAGCGACAAUAAUGGACGGAAAGAAUCCUAUUCAGGCACUGGAAAGCCUGCUGCAUGACCGCUGAUUCAUUUACGACACCCGACAAGAUCCCAAAACAGAUGUCGUAACAGAGAUUUUCUUUGUUCAUCCUUAUUCAAUCACUAUGUGGCGUGCAUUCCCGCACGUGAUGUUGAUCGACGCGACCUACAAAACAAACCUCUACAACAUGCCAUUUGUCCAGGUUGUGGGUAUGACGUCGACUGGGAAGUCUUUUUGUAUCGCACAUGCCGUUAUUUGUAAAGAACGAAGGGGUAACUACGUGUGGGUGCUUGAGCGGAUCAAGUCAAUAUUGCAUGAAUGUAUGAUGCCGCGUGUGAUAGUCACGGAUAGGGAGCUUGCCCUAAUAAACGCGUGUUCUAAAGUAUUCCCGAACGCAAAAAGGCUUCUAUGCCACUUUCACAUCCAACAAAAUAUAGCUAGAAAGUGCAAGUCAGGGUUCGAUAAAGAAGAUUGGGGGAAAUUUAUGUCGUACUGGCGGACAUUGUGCGAAUCUUCAUCAGAGGCCAUGUACAAGUACAACUUGGAGAAAAUGUAUAACCGACUCGUGGUUGCCAACCGAGAAAGUGUCUAUGAUUACGUCUACGAAAACUGGCUCAAAGACUAUAAAGAAAUGUUCGUUUAUGCGUGGACCGAUAAGUGUCGCAACUUUGGUCAGCGCACCACCAACAGAGUUGAGAGCCAGCACUUUCACUGA